UAUGCGCGGUACCACUUUCCACUUCAGACCAGAAAAACCGUUAGUCUGCACCAAUUUAAUCUCCGAGGACGCUGUCAUUCCCUGGAGACCAAAUAAGUGCAUUUGAUUGGGCCAAAACUAUGAUGCCGCGGCACAGAGAGACACAAACCGGGAGAAUGUCGACUAUAUCAGCUCUAAAUCAAACCAUGACCCUUUACUUCUGCAGACAGAGCAGAACGGAUGAAGAUGCAAAGAGACAGAAAGGUGUCUGCUGCCAUCUGUCCCAACCAAAUGGGCCAACAGGCAAUGAGAGCCACAGCAGCCAAAAAGGAUAAAGUGCUGGUGCCCAGAAGCAGCAGUCCAGUCACUGUGUACGUCGAGCUGCCCUGCAUCAUUGAACAAGCUUUUUCAACAAUUGCAUGGGAUGAUUUGGAAGACUGCGCGUCUGUGGUGAGAAGAGAGAGCGACUCCCUCGGCUCUCAGGUGAAUGAAUCUGAUGCUGAUGACCACGAUUUUGGAGAUUAUGCGCUGGAUUUCAUGGCAGAUUCUCCUGCCACACUGGAGAGCAGUCUGUCUCCAGCUGCACUGGUACCAUUUCAGGGCUGCAUCAUACCUCCUCUCACUCCUCAGAGGGACUUCUCUCCAGAGGACAGCCUGGUUAACUCAUCCACAGAGAUAGGCAACCCACCUGCCCAGGAUGGAGCUCUCUGGAGGGGCAUUGCCCACUAUCAAGGCGGGGUGUUGGGGCAUUCCAUGGAAGUCAAUAAUCAGCUCCAUGAGACUCUACACAGAAAACAGGAAGAGAUUGAAUCCCUUCAGGAGAGAAACCUUCACCUCAAGCAGCUGGCCUGCCGAGCAAAGCAUCUGGCCUCAGUGCUGGAAAAACUGAUGACUGUCAGAGAUCCAAAUGUGAGAGAACCAGUGAUGCCUUGUGGUGAUAAAACUUCACUGAGUCCCUGCAAGCGGCAGCGUCUGGACAAUGGAUGUGAAACAGAGCCUGACUCAGUGGAGGACAUGCUGAGGGACAUCAGCACACGCUGCAACGCCGUCCUGCACAGCACUACCACCGGGACAAGACUGCAGCAGGGCUCAGACACCAUACGCAUGUACGGUUCAUUCUCAGGCCUACAGACCUCUGUGUGCAAAGACAGCAGCAUGAGGACUGAUGGAGCAGAGGCUGGAGAGAGUGUCUCAUCUUUCCGAACAUCUAUUAGAGAACACUGCACAAUAAGGACCCAGGUGUUUCCUCACGGUCAUGCCUUUACCUCCAGGAAUAAUCAAGGAGGAUACCGCUUUCGCUGGGUUCCCAACCACAGCUGAAACCGGGGACAUAAAAUAUAAAAGACAGCAUCAUAAACGUCCUUACUGUUACUGGCCGUCUGAAGGUGCCAUAGGUCCAGUCAAGACUGGAAGGAAGGGUGGGUGGGCAACUGAUGUUAAUGCUUAACUCAUAAUCUAUAGUGAUAUCUGUAAAUGAUUAAAUGAUGUCUUCCUCAGGUAGCUUGGAAGCUAAUCAGUCAGAGGUGGUGCCUAACAAAGGAAAUAAUACUGCCUGAGCUGUUGUUUACAUUGUGUUUCUGUUUACAUGCCUCAAAAUGUAAUGAACUAGCCAAACAAUGGUACACAUAGAAAUGUCAGGUUUAUUUUUACACCUCACUAUAUGUAUUUGUUUUGAAAAAUAAAAAUGGUUUACAAGUUUGCAAAUAAAUGUUUUUAAAGUUGACUUGGCCCCUGGAGGUAUUUUAAGAGGAUUUAGGUGACGUAUAAACAAAAGAAAAGAAACUGUUUUCAGUGUGAACUUUGCUUGUUUGAGCAGUGAAACAAAUGUAACCCUGUGACCUUCUUUAAGCAGCAGGGACUUCCUUUCCUUUUGUGUGUCUGUGUGGCUGUGGUCUGAGAAAGACCACUGAGUCUUGAUGCAUUGCAGUCAACAUC